AAUAAAUCUUCUCCAAUCACAUGUUUGGUGCAGUGUAGAAAGUCCAAUCAGAACCAAAAUAUUCUUGGCAGAAUAAAAACAAAAAAGCUGGCCAGCAAACGGGUUAUGUCGCACUCGCACACACCCGCAAAAGGCCCUCGUAAACAUGCGUUGUCUUUGUCCCACCCGUUUUUGCAUUCUCCCACAGUUGCAUCACACACACGCACGCACACUUGCUUGUAACGUAAUAAAAGCACGUGUUGUGUUUGAUUUCUCGCUCCCACCUGACCCCUUCCCCCAGCUCCUCACUUUAUGGCCGCUUUGUUUUUGCUUUCAUGACGUGACUUUGCUCGUAGUGUGAGUAAAGGCAGAUCGCUCUCUCUCCUCUCGCCUGAUAACAGUUGUAUUUGUGCGCGCUCUCUUCCCUGGCUCCCUUGCUUUUGUUUUGUUAUUGUUUGGCUUUUGCCUUAGCUUUGUUUACUUUUUCCGCUUUUUUUUCGUAGAGGCCUCGUGUUUUUUGUUUUUAUUCUUUACUUUUUUUGGCUUUAUGAAAUGAGUGGGGGCCACAAGCGAAUUAGCCAAGGCAUUGAAUAUGGGUGCAUAUUGUCCACACAUCUGUGUUUGGCUUCAGAUUCGAGCCGCAGUCAAGUUCCCAUAUUGUAGCCAUUAUGCUCGGCUGGGUGAACCGGUUUCCAAGCUUUGCCGAACCGCAGGAACCUUUCGUAUUCUGAUUAGUUCCCACACAUAUCAACAGGUAGCUGCAUCGCGGCUACACACCCCGUGUGUGAGUGUGUUGGUCUCGGCUGAACUUGCCACCUACUCAAACACCCGCGGCCACAACGCAAGUUACUGCCCAGCUGCCAAAGGGAGACCAGCAAAUGCCGAAUGCCGAAAUACUGAAUUGCCAACUUCCCUAGAAGUUCAGACGCACACACACAGAAUCACACACAUUGUGGCGCAACAAGCUCUUACUCUCCCUCUCCCGGCUUGCCAGCCCCCCUCUCUUAGCCGCUCUCUUGAAAACCUGCUGUCGCUGCACAGAAAUCAAAAGUGAACACACACUGCACGCCGCCCUCUCUCCCUCUCCCACUCUCCACUAGUCUCCAGCACACUGCCCCCCGUUGGGCGCCAAAUAACAAAAACGAACGGCAGUUCGUUGCCUUCGUUCUUCGUAUCUUGAUUUGUGCCCGGUUCUAGUUGGUUAAGCCGCUCGUGCGGCACUCGGCCCGCCGCCUCGGCUCUGGUCGGCUCCCCUUCGGGUUGGGGCCGUGGCGCUCGGCCCACUCCCACUCCAGUCGGCCCCACUCGCCAGUCAGUCGGCAGGCAGAGCAUGAGCAGCCCGCAGCUUUUUUCGUGUGGAGAUCGCAGUUUUUCGCUUGCCAAUCGAUGCGGUUCCGGAAUUCGUUUGCAGUUUGCAGUGCAGCGCUUCUUUGACUUUGCUUAAUUUGCUUACACGGCAAUUGGCGGCAAUUAAAGGCGGUAGAACCGCGUUAAUUAAUUCAUGUUCGCUAUUUACACAGCUCGUCAGACAAGUUGUUGGCCCCGUGAUAAGCAAAACACUAGUUGGCCGGGUGGAAUGCAUUUGAUUAGAUUGCGAUUUGUUUGCUGGCUCCGGCAUUGUUGUCAUUAAACAAAAGCCGUGCUGCGACCGGUUAGCCUGACUUGCCCGUUCGGCGUCCGUUUCGAUUUUCGGUUUCACUGCCGCUUUCCUAAAAGUCGCGAAUCUCGCGUUUUUGCCAGUCUUGCAGAAUGAGUUUCGGCUGUGCACCGGAAACAAACGAGAACGAAAUAACAAUCAGCCAUUCAGCAAGCCAUAAAGCACAGUGAAACACACUUGAUAACGGAGCCCAAAAUCCAACAACCCCGAGCCAAAACCAAAAUACACAUAUCUCGCAACGUUGAUUAAUUAAAUGCUGACCCGGUGAUUUCGCGUCUGAAAUAUCAAUCGAAACGAAAAAUAUUUGUGUCAUAAGUGCAGAGAAGUGAAGUGCAGCCAAAUGUGAAAUGCGAAAAGGCCCAGAAAUGCAAUUGAUUUAAAUGAAUUUCUGUUUAAUUUGUAUGAGUAUUUUCACCACUCGUAAACCGAGAGUCCGACCAACAAAAGCCGGAAAAGUGCAAGUUCAUGGCGAAAUUUAAAUACCAAUGUGGGCAGGCUGAGGGGAAAAAUCGAAUUUCGAAGUGCUAGUGCCAUUUAAAGGCAGUGCGGUUUAGGAUUGCUGACGAAGAACGUUUCAGAUUAAACCAAUUAAAAGUGGAUUUCUGUCGAAUAACAAUAGAACCGGAGUGAAACCAGGAGUAAUGGCAGCACUUGAGAGCAAUUGAGCGCAUCGUUACAGCAUUAAAACAAGGAAAAUAGUUUCGACCCACAGAGCAAACAAAGCGAGGAAAAUGUCAGCCACUCAGCCGAAGGAUACGGCAUUAAAGACUAAGCAAUUGGCAGUUGGAGCAGUAGCAGUAGCAGCGGCAGUAGUACCUCUGCCCCCACCACCCACUGCCAAAGCACUAGCAACCACCACAACAACAACAGCGACUUCGGGAAGGAAAACUUUAACCUCCAGCGCGGCUUUGUCAUUGUUUGAUCAGCUGAAAAACAGCGUCAAUUUAAACAGUUUGACAAUUGGCGCCGGCAACAGCAGCAGCCAAGAGGGAACACCACCUACAACAGCAGUUGCCACACCCACUGCCACACUGCCACCACCGACACCCUCUCCCUCUCCCUCUCCCCACUCCAAUAUUGAACUGAAACCGCCGGCGAAACCGGCGCGACCCUUCAGCACGCCCAGCAGCAUUGGCAUCGUGAAGGGCACCAAGCGGGGCGCGGGAGGCGUGGUCGGAGGCACUGGUGGCGCCCAAGCAGCCAAGUUGGAUAUAAACGCAUUGCGAUCUCAGCUCUAUCAGGGCGCCAGGAAGACUGCAACAACAACAUCAACAGCACGAGUAGGAGCCGGCAAGACAUCAACAGUUGUGGCAACAGCCCCCAGAACAACUGGAGGGGAACGCGGCACGAAGGGAUCCAAGAAGCGGUGUCUGGAUCGAUACGACUCGUCAGAGUCAUCAGACAGCGGCGUUGCCACCUCACUGAGCUGCGCGGACUCCAGCACGGGCUCCAGUGAGGAUGCGUCCGAUCCCGGCUCCCCGUACAGUGCGCACUCGCAACUGAGCGACCUGCCACCAUCGCCAGCCAUCCAGCACCACCAACACCACAGUCAUCUCAGCCAGCACAGCAUGUCCAAGCCUACGACGCCCCAGCGCCACGGCAACCCCAACCUCCUGCCCACGCUCCAAUGGCCAUGGAACACCAGCCUGGGCAGCACCUCCACCGCCGUUCCCGCCGCCACGGCCAACAAGAACAAGCGAACGGCGACGGGAUCGGGCGCGGGUGCCGGUGAACUGCCCAGCUCCUACGAUGCCAGCAAACGACUGAAGGUUGCCGCCAUGGAGGAGUCGCAGACCAAGAUCACCGGCUUCUUCAAGUCGCAGAUGAAGCCGUCGCCCAAUGGCGGCAAGCUUUCGCCGCAGCCUGGACAGCAACAGCAGAGCAAUCCGGCCAACACGCUGACCAUGAGCACACCCGCCACCACCGCUUCGCUAAACAAGUACUUCAACAUCCUCUCCCAGCUGAAGGAGCAGAAGGCCCAGCAGCAACAGCAGCAGCAACAACAACAACAACAACAACAGCAGCAGCAGCAGUCGGCCAAGGCCUUGCCCACAUCCCCUCCAGCGAUUCCGGUUGCUCCUGCGCCUCCCGCCCCGCCUGUGGUCACUCCCAGUUCCAGUUUGCCCGUGCCAGCGCUGAAAAAGAUCGAGCGCAGCACCAAGCAGCCGGCCAAGAUUGCGCAGGUGGCGCCCAAUCUGCGCAAGACGCCCAGCAGUGGCUCCUCGGGCAGCUCUUCGUCGUCCUCGUCUAGCUCCUCCAAUGGUUCGGGCACAGGCAAGUCACCAGCCAAGAAGCAUGUGGCCAUUGCCCCAAGGACGCCGGAGAUGAAACAGCAGCAGCAGGGCAAGGCGGCCAUGGUCUACCGACCGCCGGCAACGAGUCCCGCCCUAAAGCAAAAGCAGAUCUCACCACCCGCCCCCAUGACGGCCGCGGCACCCGCUCCAGCGCCAGCUCCAGCACCAGCACUCAAUCCUUCCCCCGCUCCCGCCAAUCCAACGCUCUACCAACUGCCCGUGCAGUUGCCCAAUCUAGUCCAGCUUCCGCCCCAGCCUGCCCAGGCAGCUGCUGCCCAGUAUUUCCUCAAUGGAACUGUCUUCAAGCUGUUGCAACAGGUGACAACGGCCACGACGACGACGGCCACCACAGCCACCUCGGCGGCAGCCACGGCUGGCAAUCCCUUUGGACUGCUUAAUUUGGCCACGGCAGGCAAUCCCUUUGGUCUGCCCAACGCCGCCAGCGGGCAGUUUCCCAUUGAGGCCAUUCCGGGAGCUGGAAGCAUCCUGCAUCAUCAGCUGCUGCUUGCCAGGCAGAACAACAUGAGUUUAAAUGAAAACAUGGCUUCCAAUCCGUGCGGCAACAUGAACUUCGUUAAUCCACUCAACAACCAGCAAGUGGGACUCAAGGAUAACAAACUAUACAUAGUUAACUCGGCCGAGUACCUCGGCUACUUGAUGAGCUUGCAGAUAGCUCUGAACAACCAACAGCAUCAGCAACAGCAAAUUAUAUCUGCCACACAGCCGCCACCGCUGGCGGCCACGAACAACAGCAAUACGAACACUGCCACUGCCACUCAGCCGCCACCAUUGGCAGCCACGAACCAGAGCAAUUCGAACACUGCCAACAACAACUCGACUGCCAGCAACAGUAACAACCACAAUGCCUCGAAUAAUCUAAGCAACAUCAAUAGCAACAACACUGCCAUACAGCCUCAGCGAGCGAUUGUGAAACCGCCGAUGCACAGUUCCACGCAGCCGCCUCCGCUGGUAACCAUUUCCGCUGCCGCCUCUUCGCCAGCAGCCAAACGGCCCCUUCCCGCCGCUAAGCCAUACCAGAAGCGGCUGCCCACUAAGGGCCGAGUGGGAGCGGCGUCUAUUAUUGCCACGCCCACCACUCCGCCGCCUCUGGUGCCCACGUCGGCCACCAAGGAGCUGGGUCAGCUGCGAAAAAGCACGGGAAGCACGGGGCCGCCCGCCACAUCAACACCUACCCCAACGCCUCCGCUGGUGAGCAUCGCACCCUCGAAGCUGACGCCCACGUUAAGCGUGUCCAAGCAAGGACAGGCUACGAUUAAGCUGGCCAACAGUGCGCCCGAUCUCUUUGACCUGGUCAAAAACUCCAAGGUUGUGGCCAAGGUGUCGCAACCGCUAACGCCACUGCCCUUCAGCUCGCCAAGCAACAGUAGCAAUGGAAGCCACUGCCUGCGAUCCUCGCCGGCGCUGUCCAACUCAAACUCUUGCACCCUGUCGGCCUUCAGUAAGAUCAAGGUGGAAACGUCGGAGUUGGCUUCCCAGACUGGCUCCACGGCCUCCUCAUCUUUGCCUCCCGUAUCACCAAAGCCACAGAGCUUCGCCGGGCAGCUGCCCAAGAGGGAACCGGAGUCGGAGGACGGAACGCUGAAGCACGAUCUUUUGCCCGACUGCACCAACAGCAACUCAAACUCGAAUUCGUGCAGCAGUAGCACCUAUUCACACUCGGUCAGUUCGGCAGCUGAUCUCUCGCUAGAGGCCUCUACGCCAGCGCCAUCUCCUUCGCCCUCAGCAUCGCCCUCCGGCUUGGGAUCCCCAUCGCCGGCGACCAGCAACAUGAGCGGUAGCAGCCGUCGAGCAGCCAGCCAGACUGACAUGCUCAGCGAGCUGGUUACUUCGUCAUGCAUCUCAAGCGGCGGCGAUGACUGCUCCCAGGCCACUGACUCGCCUCCACCGACGACAAUUCCCCUGCAGCUGGUGAAGAGCGAGGACUUGAUCCCGCCGACCCCCACGGCCAGUGGCGGAAGCAGCAGCGGGAGUAGCAACUACGAUGAGGAGGACGACAAGUCAGUGGCCUCGCUGGAGACUCAUCAGACGCACAAGCGGCUGAGGGACCUGCCCACGCCGGAGUCGGGCAUCGGCGGAAGCCUGAGCAACAGUGAGAGCAGCAACUCCAUAGCAGAUGCCAUUUCCUCCAAAUCCGCCUCUGUGGGACCACCUACCACUGCAGCGAGCAGUGCCUCCUCCUCCGCCUCCGACAGCAACUCACUGGCCAGCAAUGCACCUUCUCCCGCCUCACCGGACGACAGUUCUGCUGUUCCGUCGCCCUCCUGUUCAACCUCCACCGCAGCCUACAUUCCGCCCAGCACUGAGGUGGACAUUGCGAUGGUCGAGGCCACCAGCAAAAGUCUGCCGAAGAGCGCCAUUUCGCCGAUCCUCUCGCAGCCAAAGACCAUCCGCUUCCCGGCGGGAGCAGGGGCAGGCGGAAAAGGCGGCAAGCGGCACGACGGCGUCUGCUACUGGGACAAGUGCAACAAGAAGCACGAGAGCAACUCGAAGCUGCUGGACCACAUGCAGACGCACCACGUCAACACCCAGACUGGCCCCUUCGCCUGCCUCUGGGUGGGCUGCAAGGUGUACAACAAGGAGUCAUGCUCGCGCCGCUGGCUGGAGCGUCACGUGCUCUCCCAUGGUGGCUCCAAGCAGUUCAAGUGCAUCGUCGAGGGCUGCGGCCUGCGGUUCGGCUCGCAAUUGGCGCUGCAAAAGCAUGUGAACAACCACUUCAAUGCCACGGACAAUGCCAAGGAGAGCACGAGCAAGCGCACCUCAGAUCCGCCCGUACCCAAACAGCUCCGCAAGAAUGGCAAGAAGCUCAGAUAUCGCCGCCAGCCCUUCUCAGCUCGCAUGUUUGACUUCUUCGACACGGGCAUCAUGGAGGGGCUGCAGCACCGCCUGCGCCAGAUUAGCACGCUCACGAACGGAGCCCAGGCCAUCGAGUUCCAGGGUCAGUGCAUGAUGCGACGGCGCAACAGCCAGGGCGGCUACGAGUGCUUCGUACGCUGGUCCCCGCGCGAAAUCAUUUCCGACGAGUGGCUGCCGGAGUGUUCGAAUCGGACGCGCCAGCACACCAAGGUACUGCACAUCAAGCAGAUGAGGCCGGCCGAGAAGACGCGCGUGGACAGUCUGCUCAGCACGGCCUUCCGGUUGCGCUAUGACUCCCAGCUAUUCGCCGACCAUUACAACGUCAAUGAGCAGCAAGUGGGCGAGCUGAGCGGCAGCGACUGCGAGGAGGAUGGCGAUCAAGAUGACGACGAGGAGGAGGGCGAGGAGGACGAUGAGGAGGAGGAAGACGGCGGCAGCAGUUCGCGCAGUGCGAGCUGCGAGACGGUGUCCAGCUAUCAGCAGGUGCUCAGCAUAGCCAAGCUGCAAAUGCAGCAGCGCCGCAAGCACCCGCGAAAACCACCCAAAGUUAUGCCGUCGGCGAGGGAGCAGCUGGUUCCCACGGACGCCCUGGUGCCCAUCUAGGGCCCUGGCAGAUUUAUAGUAUUCCCUAAGUAAUUAAACGACAAACGAGUAAACAGUGACAAGUAGACUAGUUAGUGUAAGUUACAACCUACGUGUGUAUCCACUUAUGUAUAGAACUAUCAGUACUCCCGCUUUGUUCAUUUUUGUUCUGUUUGGUCUGCAUAACCGGCCGUUUAGUUUGUUGACAUCCCCAUCCGUGGAUCUUUGUACAUAUUUCGGGAUGGAGGCAGGAUUGAGAGUCAGGAGCAUUUAGUGGCCACCUUACCGUAACCCACCCGCGCGUUCCAGCCAGUGCUGUUAUGAACAAAUGUCCUAAGUUCUAGAUUUGUAGUUCUAAUUUAGUUUAUAGAGUGUACAUUCAGUAGAGAUUUAUGUGGAGGUGCCCGACUGUACAAGACUUGUUUGAAAGCCAACUUAUGUUGAUCUAUUUACCAAUUUAAAGUUAAAAUUCGUUUUCAUUUUGUUGCUCCCCGUCGUAUUGAAUUCUACUCUUAGAAACUGGCCAAACUUACACUGAGAGCGAAAAACCACGCGCACAACUGAGCAGUUUAAGUUUAGGGAUAGUUAAGUGAAAGUGGAAGAACACAAGACUUGAAGCAUUUACCGCUACAAAAUACGAGAAAUAUUUGUAAAACAUUUUGUACUCAACUCGAACAGCAAUGCAAACAGUUUUAAGCCUAAGUUAGACCCAUGCCCAAGACGAUUAUCCAUUAAUUUAGUGCAAAUCGAAUUCGAAUGCAACCUUCGCCAAUCAUCAGCGUCUCUAGUUCGGAAUUAAUGCCUAAUGUAAAUAGUAUAAUAUUAACUAGUUUCGCUUUAUACAUACGUACAUUAAAACUAUUCAUUUAGGACUUAGCCAAGGCAACCCAAGUAAAAUACGCAAAAUAAAGUUAAAGAAAAUCCACAAUCCCCAAGGAAAGUAUAACAAAAGAAGAACCUACGUUUUUAUUUUUUAUUAUCAGAAAAACUAUUUCAUUUUGUGUACAUAUCCGAUUGGCAAAGCGCAUGAGAAAGUCUAUAAUUUUGUAUGCCAAUGAAUUUAUUCGUGCUAAAAGUAAGUAAGUGUCGAAUCAAGACCCGAAAAGCAAGAAAACAAGAGUACUCAUCACUGCCAAAAAUGUAAUGAACAACCAGAAGACAGUUGUUAAGAACGACUGAUUAAUUUAGUGUGCGAAACGAGCGGAGCCAGAAGUAAUCAUUGAAAGCUACACUCCAUGCCAGCUCGAGCACUCUCCCUUUGUUGCACAAUAAUGGCUCGCUAAGAGUCGAGUAUAUCAAAUAUAUCUGUGUGUUGUCUUAAGUAGCUGUAGAUGCGUCUCUGUGCCCCCCAAACUAGUCUAAGAACGAAAAGAAAUAUAAAUGUACGUGUAUCCAUGAAAAUCCAGAGAGGAGGCGGGGAAAUCAUAGACCACUGCCUAUAUACUUGAUUUAAAGCAAUACUCUUACGAUAGUCGCCGAUCAGCUUAGUUGGCUCUUCCAUUCGGUUAGUCUUUCGAUGCCUUUCGCCCGAGUUGUUCAACGUUCAACGCUUUGUACUGCUAACAAUGAAGAAUCUAAAACUAAUGGUAAUAAGUACCAAACAAGAAUCCAUGAGAAGCAAAGGGAAAAUUUAAAAAUAAAAUAAAACUACCUCAAAUUUUUGCAAGCAUAAAACACACAAAAGAAUUUUUCGAGACAAGUUUUCUAAAGCGAAGAGAGUACAUAUAUAGGGCGGUUAACCCUAGGUCCGUAGCGCCGCAGAUCCGAACAGGGCAGAGCCGAGAAACAAGGGAAGUAUACACGAUACACGAGUAGUACACACAGAAACGGAAUCAGAAUCAGAAACAAACAAGGGGAAAUCGUAGGCUAAUUCCAUAUUUUGCUAAUAUUGCGUACAGUCUGUAGGAUAAGCAGCGAUCCAGUCGGUCUAAGUUUACCUUUGCUUUCCUUUUCGAUCGCGAUAACCCAAAUUUGCAUUUGCCUUUAGCCCGGAGCUCAGUUUGAGUUUGUACAUAGAUUAGUUUAUCGAGUACGAGAUCUAUAAAUAUUCAAUAUCAUAACCAUAAUUUAAACAUUACUACCGCUUUAAUGAAUUGCAGACAGAGAUUAACUAAGAACCCAUAAUUAUGGUAAUUACCAGGCGAACAUAUACACACGUAUACAGGAGAAGUAUUUCUGAACAUUCGGUUAUUUCGAGGUAUGUCCUAGUUGAUUUCGGACUCAGUUCUGGCCAAGUCCAGGGCGGCAGCGCAGCCGCACCAGCAGCGAUCUUGCUUCGAAUGUAACUAAUGUAAUCAAAAGAAUUAUAUACAUAUAUAUUAUUGAACUCUAUAUACACGACAUAGUAUGUACAAGUGGACUCAAACAGAUUCUGAACCGCAGAACAUGUAUCGCGCAGAGGAAUGAAAAAUAUACGAAAACAAGUAAUACGCUA